GCGCGGCGCUCGUCUCAGUCCGGCUCAGCCGUCGCGCUACGACGACGCCUCCGAGUCGCGCGCUACGAUCGCGAACCUGCGCUCGCUGCACCUACCGUACGAACUGAGCGCGCGCCACCAAAAUAGUGAGCUCGUGGCCGGGAGCGGUCCUUCCGCGGUGACAUAGAGUGGUCGCAGCGCCAUGCUGCGCGCGCUGCUGCUGCUGGCGCUGGUGGCGCCGGCCCCGGCGGCCGCGCGCCGCCACGCGCCCGACCUGCGCGAGGACGAGCCCGCGCGCCGCACCACCCGCCCCGCCGAAUGUUUGUUCGGCAAACAAGCAAUGGAGCUCGGUUCCAAGUGGUUUGCGGACCUGGGCCCGCCCUUCGGCGUCAUGUACUGCAUCAAAUGUGAGUGUGUUGCGGUGCAAAAGAAACGGCGUGUAGUGGCUAAGGUUCACUGUCGGAAUAUCAAGAACGAGUGUCCGGAACCGUCUUGUGAUACUCCAGUUCUGCUGCCCGGCAGAUGCUGUAAAACGUGCCCUGGAGAUUUGAACUCUCCUGAUAUUGUUCAGGAAGACAGUCCAAUUGUCAUAACGAAUGAAGAAGACGAAAAAAACAUGAAAUAUUUCGCAUCAUUUCUGACUGGGCGAUCACCGCUGUGCGUGAGGCGAGAUGACAUGUCAGGGGUGCCUGUGGCUCCAGGCGUGGCCACUGCCCGCUUUACGUUCCGACGACGCCACCUCUACUGGUCUCUCCUUCUCAGCCCUUCGAUACAAAACCCACCUCGAGCAGUCGCCUUCCUUGAUAGAGAAGGCCGAGUCUUAUUAGAACAGUCACUGAAAAAAAUACCUGGGAUUCACGCAACGUAUGAAGAAAAAACCGAUAAGCUUUGCGGCGUGUGGCGCCGAGUGCCGCGCCAGUACAAGAUGCUACUGCGGGACGGCGACCUGCACGUGGCGCUACUGUGGGGCGACGCACGGAACAACUCCAUCGACAGCGCUCUCAGCGGCAGAAUCGACAGGUAUCCAGCGUUAUCUUCGGAGAUGUUCACAACACUGUUAGAGCCCGAGCACCCUCCCACAUCCAUCGGUGAGGGCGCCUGUCGGGACUACCCAGCUAUGGAGUACGAAGACGGCUGGUGGGGCGGCACGGCCGUCAUCACCGCCGUCGCUGGAGCCACGCCCAGCCUCUACCUGGCUCUGGUCUUCAACGGAGUAUUUCCCAAAGCGGCGGUCGCGCCUCACCUUGUACGAGUAGUCCUCACUCUCCCAGAGAAAAACCAGACCAUCAUUGAUCAGGUGCAGAGGGUAAGCAAACCCCAUUACGACUUUAAUGUUCUGGAAGUUUCGACCCCGGUGUCGGCCGCAGAGCUGCGUUCCCUGGCGCGAGGACGGUUACUCCUCACUGUGGAGGCAGUGGACACCCCCGAGCGGAGGAUCGUGGGCAGUGUCAGGCAGAAAGCGGCCUGCGAAGUCUACAACACCCCGCUUGUGUCUGAGAGGCUCUCGGCAACACCCGCCCCCGAAGGACUGGCCUUGCUCUACAUCGAUAAAGAUGGCUCGCUUGUCUAUGACAUUCAGGUUGACAAUUUGGGUAUAACGGAUCCGAAGAUAACUUUGGUGGAAGAGCAAGGCAAGAGACAUUCUCAAGUGGAAAUAUUGGACACCCGGAUUGGAGUACUGGCCAGACCAAGUGCUAGAAUAUUCCAGCCUUUGUACGAAGAGCAGUUGGCUGUUCAUAUUAGUGCUGAUACAGGUCCCCCCAUACUCCGAGGACGCUUAACAUCUCGCUUGCUGCCCGAUGCGGCGGGAACAGGGCCUGCCUUACUCCAUAGGACUGGACAGGUUCGGCUACCAGCCGCCAUGGCUGGCUUAGCGUGGCUGUCUGUUGAUUCGCUGUGUGGACUUUAUUAUGAGACGGUAGUUACGGGCGGUAACGCUCGCUCCUGGUCCUCUUGGUGGUUAGAAACCCACGCGGGGACGGACGGAGGCGCGCGGGAGCUGGGGGGCGAGGAGGGAUGGGUGCUGGAGCCCACGUCGGCGGAGCUGGUGGCGCUACACGUGGGAGCCGCGUACUUGGAGCUGCGCGCGCAUGAUAAUGUUACGGUCAUCCUGCGCACGCGAGUACCACAGAUAAGCGUGCCACCUUCGUGCCUGCCGGCUGUACCCGGUACUUCGGACAACGAGCUCAGUGCCAAGUAUACGCCAGGGCCACUGGAAGACCAGAUGACAGACUACUCGCUGUUCCGGCUCAACGUCAACUAUUGCACGCAGAGAGAUAAGUUCUACAAGCUGGGAGAGACCUGGACUGAUACUGAGACUUGUUCAAAAUGCUGGUGCGUGCUGGGCAUGCCUCGGUGCGAGCCGGUGCAGUGUCCGCCCGUCAACUGUCUCGUGCCCACCAUCAAGCCACCUGGACAGUGCUGCCCUAUCUGCACCAAUUCGACAACAGCAGUAUGGUCAGAGAACGGCAGCUGCGUGCUGGCGGGACAGAGCUACGCGCCGGGCUCUUCCUGGCAUCCAUACCUAGUGCCCGGGGGGUACGACACCUGCGCCAUCUGCACCUGUAACUUCGAGACCCGACAGAUCCAGUGUCCCCGGGUCAAGUGCCCUCCGCUCAGGUGCAGCGAGAAGGAAGCUUUUAGGCCGGACAAGAAGGCCUGCUGCAGAGUGUGUCCUGAGGUGAAAGCAAAGAAACCGGACGAAGAGACUCCAAAAGACCAGGGCGCACCGCGCACCGCUGAGGAGAUCCUGGCGGAGGGCGGCUGCAAGUUCCCCGACGGGCCGCUGCCCAACGGCAAGGAGGUGCAUCCCUCCAUACACUCGCACGGCGAGCAGCGCUGCGUCACGUGUCGGUGCAAGGACGGUGAGGUGACGUGCGUGCGCAAGCGGUGCGGGCGCGCGGCGUGCGCGCGGCGGCGGCGCCCCGACGCCUGCUGCGCCUGCGCGCGCCACCACCGCCAGCGCGCGCCGCGCCCCGCGCCGCCCCGCCCUGCGCGCCCCGCACCCCCCGCGCUCCCCGCGCCGCCGCACAGCUGAGCGACGCGCACGGCUCCUAGGCUAAGUGACUGACUAUAGACUGACAUAUUUUUAUGUACUCGUGCGAUCCGAAUGUGUCUCUAGGUUUAGAUUGCGUCCUCGGUGCCCGUCGCCGAACCGAACCACCGGAGCCCCGCUGAAGCUUUCAGUGCGCGAGCGACUCUCGUUUGCACGAGUGUGACGAGUACAUUAUUUAAUUUUCUCUAAAUAAAAUCCGACCUGAAUAGAGUGAAUAAAAUGAAAUGUAUUAAUAAAGGAAAUAUGAGGCUCGGCCAAUCAGAGGUUAGUUGUUGGCAGUUCGGCGGCGGCGCGAGCGGCGAGUCGGCCGCGCGAGGCUCGCGGUCGAGCGACGGACGGUAGCUUUACUGUGUAUUAUUAUGACGGCGUUGAAUAUUACUUACCCACCGGUAUUUUAAUUGGUAUUAUGGUAACCCCAAAUUUAGGCGCAUUACAUGAUCCGAUACUGAUUCGUAUUAUUUUAGUGGUAGGGCUCGAUCGCUCGGUCGUCAGACAAGGAUUGCGAGCGCGGUCGAUAACAGAUGUGCCAUAUUUUCUUAAAUGUAAAUAUAAAUUAUAAUACUACUUAUGUGCAUAUUUAUUUACGUCUCUAUUGUAUAUGAUACGGGAUAACCGCACGUUAGGUAAUCAAGUAUGUACCAUCACAAAUGCUAUGUUAUUGGUCGCCUUGUUUGUGCAUUUGCUUUUAGUUUUGUAUAUCUAUAUUUAAUACCACUCGAGUGUCAUUACAUGUAAUGAUCGGUAACUUCUAUUACCUGCGUUAUUUUAUUUAGUUGUAGUCGGACAGGGAGGAGAUAUUUAAUUUUAUUUUAUAGACAAUAACCAUCGACAUAUUGGAAUAGAUGUUGCUUCAAGAUAUUAUUACAUAUAAUGUAAUUAAAUGUAAUCCCAGUGUUUGAGCAUGCUGUAUGCUUUAGAACAAUAGUCACUGGUCGUGAGUUAUCUUACUUGUGGAGUUAAGCUGUUCUAAUAUUAUCAAUAGACUUAUACAAUACACGUUUGUCUUAAUAAAUUUUGUAAAUAUUAAUUUCAUUCUAGCGUCUACAUUUCAUGUACUGUAUACACAGAUACCUUUUACGUAUUGUAUUGUACCGAUAUAAAUCAAUAUAGAUAAGGUGUAGUUUACGCAAAUUUCGUGACUAGUUUUGUUUAAUUACUAGGUUAACGGUUUAGUUACGUAAUUAAGAAAGCUAGUCCAAAUGUUUCGAUGUGAUGGAUGUGAAUGCCAUGUAGCUAGCGAUACGUCUGUUUUCAAUACUGAUUAUGAUAGGAAUUUAUUAUUCUUAAGUUGUAUCCGAGGGCUCGUGGUCACGCGGUGUGCAAGCAUCGGCGUUAGUUGGUGUUCACGUGUUAGGGAAUGAGACGCCUUUUACAAAUGUUAUGCGCGGGCGCUUGAAGGCGACUUUUUAAAUUUGGAAUUGGAUUAUUUAAAACGCUGCAGUUUGUACACCGCGUGACAAUGAGACCCAAAUAUAAUGUUGUGCGAACAGCACAUUUUUUAGCAAUUUGAUUUUUGUUUUGAGAGAGAGUCCAUUUGCCAAAAAUAUCUUGUAAAUUAAAAUUUUUCACAUUUCGUUGUGGGUUCUAGUCCAGUCAAAAUUUUGAGGAGUUUGUUGUAUUAUUUUAGUGUUACAUUGGCUAUUAUUUUAUUUUUAUUUUUGACAUAACGAGAAUAUCACUCGGUUAAGCACAAGAGUUAUCUUGGUUCUAAUAUAUUUUUUGUAUAAUCUAACAAUAGAAGAGUAGUCACCUAUGGCUUGCGAAUAACAUAACUAAUAGCCAUAAAGAAUACUAUGAACUCGCUUGUAUUGCAUUGUUUUUCUAUUUAAUAAAUCACUGCAUUCAUUACCGAUGUAAUGCUACUUUAAACGGAUGAUAUUCAUUUUAUUUUUAUUUAGAACUCUUUAGUAGGAAUUCAAAAUUUGACCUUUUUGAAAAUUAAAUUAUUUGUGGUAAAAUAUCACACAAUUUGGGUUGUCUAGGUGCAUCCAGUCAAUAGUUUGUAAACCGUCAUACAUUGAUAUGAAAUAAAUGACCUGUGAACACA